GGCCUACACUAUACACGAGCUAGCUAGCAUGGACAUUGUGAUAAAAACAAACAAGUUUUAGAUACCUCUAAUAUAAUAUAUUUUAUAAAACCACUGUCAAUGAAAAGAUAGCGUAGCCUAUAUAUACCACAGCAUCAGGAUUAUCUAGACGUGAGUCUUGUAUUUCACAGAAGUCCUUUGUUACUUAACUGUUUACAAUUUAAAACAUAUGCACGGCCACCCCACUGGAGUUGAAUUACUGACAUUUAAGCUCAGCUAUUUCAAUAUUAUUUUGGAUAAAAUUCUGUGUAAUGUGUUUGUGCUGUGACUUGUAAGAUUGUGCAACCGAUUCUGGUGUGAUGUGACAACCGUUCUUUGACAGGACAUCUCUUUUGUUUAGCUGAGUGAAUUAUUCGUCUUCUACCAAGAAGAUGGCUUUUCCACCGGCGCCUUUCGAGCCUAUUACCAAACCAGAAGUGAAAUUUACAAAGCUUUUUAUCAACAACGAGUUUGUCGAUGCUACCAGUGGUGAAACGUUUGAUGUCGUGAAUCCUUCUACAGAGGAGAAAAUAGCACAGGUUUCUGAAGCAGAACAAGUUGAUGUUGAUAAAGCAGUAGAGGCAGCACGUGCAGCUUUUGAAUUUGGAUCAGAAUGGCAGAAGAUGGAUGCAAGUGCACGCGGAAGACUUCUCUACAAGCUAGCCGAUCUGAUGGAGAGAGAUAUUGUAUAUUUAGCAAGUUUAGAAACGUUGGAUAAUGGUAAAACAUUUAAAGAGUCGGUGUAUGUUGAUUGUUUUGGUGGGAUCAAUGUGGUGAGAUAUUAUGCCGGUUGGGCUGAUAAAAUACAGGGAACAACUGUGCCAAUAGAUGGUAAUUAUUUCUGUUAUACCAGACGGGAACCUGUCGGUGUUUGUGGUCAGAUUAUACCGUGGAAUUUCCCCCUGCCAAUGAUGGUGUGGAAGAUUGCCCCAGCUCUGGCUUGUGGGUGUACUGUUGUUAUUAAACCAUCCGAGCUAACACCUCUUACAGCUUUGUAUUUAGGUUCAUUAAUAAAAGAGGCUGGGUUUCCACCAGGUGUAGUGAAUAUUGUACCAGGAACAGGCAGUAAGGCGGGGGCAGCUAUAGCAAACCAUCCAGAUAUUGAUAAAGUGGCUUUUACUGGAUCUACACAGAUUGGGAAACUCAUAAUGAGAACAGCCGCCGAUACCAAUCUAAAGAGAAUAACAUUGGAACUUGGCGGGAAAAAUCCUAUCGUAGUUUUUGACGACGUGGAAAAUAUUGAUGAAGCUGUGGUUGCCUCCCACGAGGGUUUGUUCUUCAAUGCUGGUCAAUGCUGUGCUGCUGGAUCUAGAACGUACGUUCAUGAAAAUAUCUAUGACGAAUUCGUUAAAAAAUCGGCAGAAAGAGCCAAAAAGAAACCAGUUGGUGAUCCAUUCGACGGUAAAAAUGACAUGGGACCUCAGGUGGAUGAGAAACAGUUUAACAAGGUAUUAGAGUUAAUUGAAAGUGGAGUAAAACAGGGAGCUAAGUUAGAAUGUGGCGGUAAACGACAUGGUGAUAAAGGAUAUUUUAUUCAACCUACUGUUUUCUCCAAUGUAUCUGAAGAUAUGAGAAUCUGUCGAGAAGAGAUAUUUGGUCCAGUCCAACAGAUCUGUAAGUUCAAAACGAUGGACGAGGUUGUGAAGAAAUCGAAUGAUACAGUUUAUGGUCUGGUAGCAGGGGUCUUCACUGGUAGUAUGGACAGAGCCUUAGAAUAUACCAGACGAGUUAAAGCUGGAACAGUAUGGAUCAAUUGUUUUAACUGGUUAACAACUCAGACUCCGUAUGGUGGAUUUAAACAAUCUGGUUUAGGUCGAGAACUUGGGGACGAAGCCUUAAAGAACUAUACAGAAGUAAAAACAGUUACAAUCAAGACAUCGGGAAAGUUUUAAGUGUUUUUGUUUAUAAUAAUGAGAAAUCAUCGAUUUAUAACAAGACAAGUGGAAUAAUCAAGGCGUUUACUUUCUCGCCAUUUUUACUUUUGUUCAAUGAAAUAGAAUAUUAAACCCUACUUUCUGCUCUUGAUUGCGGUAACGAAUACGGACAUCUGCACGCACUGUUUGAUUAUAACAAUUUUGCCAAGAAAGUGUUCUUUUUGAUUUCUAUCUUUCGAGAAAUCUUUAUGCUGCACAGCCUUGGCCACUCGCAAAAUAAAGAUUACCUUAAAUUAGGUGUUCGUAGUGUGGAUCUUUAAACAGACGAUAUUUUGUACUGUAUUGUAUGUGAUUUUGUAUUAUUAAGUAUAUUGUCGAUAUAUUGUCCUACAGGAAACUUGAAAUGGUAAAAGAUAGCUAUGUUGUAUAUUGUGUUAUUUUGUAUUAAUGUUAUGUACCUUGUGAUAUAUCUAUGUAUGAUUAU